GUCGCCAAUAUGCUAAUUUCAAUUCCCCAAAAAAGCCAAUCAAUUAUCUCUUAUCUGGCAAGUUACGAAUUAUUCUAUCGUUUUCCUAUUCACCACCAUUAAUUAUCCACACUCCACGUUUUAUAAAAAAAGAAUAUACGUUUACAACCACGGGAUCAUACCAAUUCGAUCACGGCGACACUUGUUCGCGUCCGGGUGGACUUUCGUCGCGCAAUUAAGGUCUCGAUGCUAGGAUACCAGAGCUCGCAGCAGCGCCAUGGACGGUGAUCCAGCAGUUGAGCCGGAGCUCGACUCUCUCAGCUUGACCUUUCCCUUACCGUAUCGCGUCGCUUUUAUAAUCGUGCUAGCGGUCUGGGCCUGGGGCAUCAACCUGCACUACCUGUACCUGUGCGGCAUCGACGUGCCCUCGCUGAUCCGGUACCCGGGCAGGUCGUCGCCGCACCACCCGACGCACCACCUUUCGACCUACCGCCUCGCCACCGUGCUCUCCGCCUUCCUAGCCUUCGCCCUCCUCGUCUUCUGGGCUUUCACCCGCCGCGACCCGGACCUCGUCCUGGCUUGGGACUGGCUCCCGCUCCUGUACCUCGCCGCGCUGCUCGGCCUCCUCGCCUUCGCCCCGCCCUUCUUCAAGUCCCUGUCCCACGGCGGCCGCGCCCGCCUGCGCGCCACCCUCCGCCGCAUCUGCGUCGGCGGGCUCGCCGAGGCCAAGGACGGCAAGUUCGGCGAUAUCCUGCUGGCCGACGUCCUGACCAGCUACGCCAAGGUGCUGGCCGACCUGUUCGUCGCGCUGUGCAUGUUCUUCCGGUCCGAGGCGGGCGCGAGCGCCACCGCGCGUCCGGACCGCAACUGCGGCGGGACCUUCGCCGUCCCCUUGAUCAUGGCCGUCCCUUCGCUCAUCCGUCUGCGCCAGUGCCUCAUCGAGUACGGCCGCGUGCGCCGCGGCCGCAUCACCGACGCCUCGGGCUGGGGCGGCCAGCACCUGGCCAACGCGCUCAAGUACUUCACCGCGUUCCCCGUCAUCGUCUUCAGCACGCUGCAGCGCAGCUCCACCGGCGGCCAGCCCCCGCCCGCCGCCUACUACCGCGCCUGGGUCGUCGCCUGCGCCGUCAACUCCCUGUACAGCUUCUACUGGGACGUCGCCAAGGACUGGGACCUAGCGCUCUUCGACCCCCAAGCGCGCAGCUCCCCGGACCUCAAAGGCUUCGGCCUCCGCCGGCGCCUGCACGUCGGGCCGCCGGCGCUGUACUACGCCGUCGUCGCGGCGGACCUGCUGCUGCGGUGCACGUGGAGCCUGAAGCUGAGCCCGCACCUGGGCCGCAUGGCCGACUGGGAAGGGUCCAUCUUUGCGGUCGAGCUGCUCGAGGUGUUCCGCCGAUGGGUGUGGAUAUUCUUCCGCGUCGAGACCGAGUGGAUCCGCAACACGUCCGUGCCUGGUUUCGACGCCGGCGACGUCGCGCUCCCGGAUUACCACAACCAUAACGUCCCCGGCCCGAAGUACCAGGAUGACGACUAGGCCCCGAGCAUCAUCUGGCGAGGAUGCGGAUGUUUUUUUGGGGCUGUGAGGAAGAGGAGGGGCCUAUUAUUAAAGAGUUUAAAUAGAAAAGGGGUACGGUAUGGAAUAAGGCUUUUUAUGCGAUAAGGAGUAUGAAGUAUAGAAUAUGGGAGUGUAUGAUCUUGUAUAUCAGGUAAUAUAUGCCCAGGUGCUGGCGUCAUAGUUGCAUUAGAAGCGUUGUUUGUUAGACAGGUACCUAUCCUAACCCAACUUGAGUACGGUUAAGUAGGUCAUUGACUACCAGCGAGUUAGUACAUAGAAUAAUUAUUAAAAACAUAUUUAUAAUGAAUGUCUACAUGUUA